AUGGAUCUACUUCCAAAAACUCUAUCGUUGACAGCUCACUCACCUCUGGUGGCGGUUGUCGUCCUCUUCCUUGCAAUCAUCUUCCAGCGGACAAUUGUUCAACGACUUCCAGCAACCCCCUCGAGACCUAGACCUAAACGACACGUCGUCAUCCGUAUUUACGAGAUUCCGAUAGACACGACCCGUGAACAACUACAGACCGACCUUACGGAGAUCGCUAAGAAAGACUUAGCCUUACAGGAAGCUGUCAGCACUAUCAAGCGUAUCUCACUAGUGCGCAUAGACAAGAAAUGGGCAUGUGCUACUGCUUCUUUCCACACCUCAAUCUCCGAUGUCGAGCUAGCUAGACGAUUCAAUCGAGCCGCUGAAGGCCAGUAUCAAUAUGAUUGUAGAUUCGAUGGUAUCACACCGCUUUAUGAAGACGAACGUGACGCUAUAGUUGAUAUAGUUGCUGUGCCAGGCCUCGCUAGCCACGCGAUCGGUUCGUGGAAGGCACCGAGUGGGGAGGACAUCUGGCUGCGAGACUACCUUCCUACUGAUGUAUCUGGCAUUCGGGUUUUACUCUAUGGCUAUAACACGAAUCUGUUAGAAAACAAAGCUAAGAAGUCGAUUGAAGAGAUGGGAAAGACAUUACUUGAGUCGAUUACCACAUUUCGAACGAACAAUGGUGCUAAGCGUCCUAUCAUUUUUAUAGGCCAUAGUCUAGGGGGUCUCCUUAUCAAAGAAGCCCUCGUCCAUGCUCGAAAGGGACCCCGUUACGACUUGUCGAGCACAUGCUGCGGAAUGCUUUUCUUCGGCGUUCCAAACCACGGGUUGAGAGACAAUCAGCUCCAGAGCCUUGUACAGGGCCAGCCUAACGAAGCCUUUAUACAUAGCCUCAGGCUUGACGACGAUACGGAGCCGUCUCCUUUCUUAAAGAGACUUUCUAGUGACUUUGCGGAAUGUUGCAAAGGCCAAUAUCCAGUGAUAUCCUAUUACGAGCUUAUUAAGAGUCCAACUGUAGAGAAACAACCGAAUGGAACCUUAGCUAAGACUGGCGAGCUAAUUCUUAUGGUCACACGGCAGUCGGCUACAAGUACAGGUAUCACCGCAGCGGCCGAUGAAGACAAUAUUGCUUUUGAGACAGAUCACUCAGGCCUAGUCAAGUAUGAUUCCAGGGGUAUUGGGUCGUACCCGAUCGUGAGGAACAGGAUCGAAAAGCUUGUCUCUGAGGGGUCCCGUAGGGUUGCUGCCAGGUUUUCAGACAACCUCACAUUUGAAGCCAAACGCUUAUGGAAUAACCUGAAUGAACCACCAUAUUCAUCGUUUCGGAAGUCCUCCAAGCUCGGAAAGCCCGAGAAAGGAACUCUUAAAUGGCUCCUCCAGAAGCAGACCCCUAAUUGCAGCGAUGAUAAUUACAACGAUGACGGCACGACCCUGCACUCAAAAGACUUCAUCUCAUGGCGUGACUCGGACAAAUCAGACUGUCUUCUAAUAACUGGAAAUCCUGGACAGGGCAAAUCGGUGCUCUCAAACUUUAUCGUCACGAACCUCGAAGAUAACAUUGUGUCUGGCUCCAAAGUUAUCUACUAUUUCUGCAACAUCAAAAUCGAUGAGGCCUUGCGUAAUGCUAGCUCUAUAUUACGGUCUCUUAUUAUUCAACUCUGCGAGUUUCAACAACGCUUAUUCCAGAUCCUUCCUUCAGAUCUGGCAGAAGAUAGCCAUCGCUUCUUCACGGCAUCUCUAGACACGCUAUUAAAUACAUUUGAGAAGAUGCUACGAGGUGAUACUUACGAUCGGGUCUACUGUGUUAUCGACGGUCUUGACGUUUAUCAGGAGGGGGGGAUGCACGAUCUUAUCGAAGGAUUGACCAAGAUAUUCAACAUAGCUAACAAAGAUGACACGACAGUCCUGAAGCUGUUAUGCACAAGCAGGCCAAACUCGUCUAUACUUAGGGCAUGGGGCCAUAUGCCACAAAAGAUCCUUCGCUGCAACACAGAUGAUCUUGAGCUCUUUAUUCGAUCUCGAGUUUCAUCUCUCGGGUCGAACUUUACCGACGGAAUGAAGGACACUAUUACCAGGAAGCUGAUUGAGAAUGCCGAGCGAACUUUCCUCUGGAUCGAUGUGGUAGUAAGGAAGAUACAUCGAAUGAGUUUUCCAACCCCAGCUCUUGUGGAGGCGGAGAUCGCCGACAGCUCAACACAACUCUAUGAGCUCUACAAAACCUUAGUGGAAGGAUUGGUCCACUCCAACAACCAAGGCCCGAACGGCCAACAUGCACGCAUUCUCGCCUGGAUAGUGUACGCAAAACGUCCUCUCCACUACACAGAACUGACAGAUGCUAUCGCUGUUGAUCCUGAGAGCACAUGUGCAAGCUACGAGGACUGCUCCAAAUACAGAUCUUCCAUCACCCCUGAUCAACUGCACAGAAGUCUUGGCACUUUGAUCGACAUCAUGGACGACAGGAUAUAUCUUAUUCACCAGUCGGUAAAGGACUUCUUCGAAGAAAAAGACCCAUUGUCGGAAGCGUUAGGGGCUAUCAAGCCCCAGCUACUACCUGCAUACGUUUCUAUGAUAUUUCUUUCCUUCGAUGAUAUACCUGAUCGGCUUUUACAAAAAAAACGCCUUUUUCUCAACUCCAAUUCACAGAAAGAAAAGUCAUUCUAUGAUUACAGUUCAAACCACUGGUUUUCGCAUAUCUCAUCAACAAAAGAUAUCGACAAUGAACCCCGUUUGCGAGAAUUGCUGGUGCACAUUGUGGAUCCGACUUCGCAGAAAACGCAACUAUGGAUGAAAUUCAGCGCAAACACGGCUUUCGCUGAAGCGAAAGUCGAAAAUAUCAGAAUCCCUAGUCAAGUUGCUACUGAAUUCGACAUAGGGUGGCUAGCAGAACUAUUACUCGACGGAAAGAUUAAGGAAUGCUCAAAUGAGUUCAUUGAAAAUUGCUUCGCUGAUAGCACAGAGAAAGGUGGAAUAGUUUUAAAAGUGCUAUUACAGCAUACACUUGGAUUUGAUGGUAAAGAAUUUCUAUUACCGAGAAAUAUGGCAAAGAAGAUCGCAGAAAAUUUUGAUAGACCACUAUUUGAGCUUCUUCUAGAAAGGAGAGGAGACGAGGUCACAAUUACAGAGGACGUGGUCAAGGCGGCAGCUAGAAAUUCGCACAAUGGAAAAUACUUGAUAGCCCUUCUUCUGAAAGAGAGGGGAGAUCAAGUCACGAUCACAGAGGACGUGGUCAAGGCGGCAGCUGGAAAUUGGCACAAUGGAAGAGACGUGAUAGCCCUCCUUCUGAAAGAGAGGGGAGAUCAAGUCACGAUCACAGAGGACGUGGUCAAGGCGGCAGCUGGAAAUUGGCACAAUGGAAGAGACGUGAUAGCCCUCCUUCUGAAAGAGAGGGGAGAUCAAGUCACGAUCACAGAGGACGUGGUCAAGGCGGCAGCUGGAAAUUGGCACAAUGGAAGAGACGUGAUAGCCCUCCUUCUGAAAGAGAGGGGAGAUCAAGUCACGAUCACAGAGGACGUGGUCAAGGUGGCAGCUGGAAAUUGGUACAAUGGAAGAGGCGUGAUAGCCCUCCUUCUGAAAGAGAGGGGAGAUCAAGUCACGAUCACAGAGGACGUGGUCAAGGUGGCAGCUGGAAAUUGGUACAAUGGAAGAGGCGUGAUAGCCCUCCUUCUGAAAGAGAGGGGAGAUCAAGUCACGAUCACAGAGGACGUGGUCAAGGCGGCAGCAGAGAAUGAGGAUUGUGGGAGAGACGUGAUAGCCCUCCUUCUGAAAGAGAGGGGAGAUCAAGUCACGAUCACAGAGGACGUAGUCAAGGCAGCAGCUGGAAAUGAGAAUGGCGGGAGAGAUGUGAUAGCCCUCCUUCUCAAACACCGCGAGGAAGAUGUUGUUACCAAAUUCAAUGAAUCACUAGGCUUGACGGCUGCUACUUGUGGUCAGCUUAGUCUUUUGGACCUGAUAUGCAGACAUGGGCUAUCAACACGGAAGGAUGAAUGGUAUAAUAUCGCAAGGCUUUAUAAUGCCGCGAAGUCUGGAGAUGUCAAAACCCUGCGACAACUCUUAGUCCAAGAGGUCAGCCCCAACUUUACGAAUAUUGAAGGCAUGACACCUUUAUGGGUUGCUGCCGCUCAAGGGCAUCGUGGGAUUGUGGAGGUUCUGAUACUAAGAGAUGACGCCGAUUUAAAUUCAAGGUGUAUAUCGGGUAGAGCACCGGUAUUCUGGCCAUCCGCCGAUGGGCGUGAGGACAUAGUGGAACUAUUUGUGAAGGCUGGUGCGGAUCUAAGUUUCCAGGACGAGGAUGGGCAAACCGCUAUCUCGAUAGCGAGGGAGUAUGGACACGAUGGGGUAGUCCGAAUCUUAGAGCAAGCUAUGGGCUUAGGAAGUUAG